GGUGCAGGGGCCACUCGCCCUUACAGAGAACACUCCCCCCAUAAUCUUUAUUACAGCCGUACAGCCCGAUAUCCAGGGGGCAGUAGCCCGUGAAGAAAUGGCAUCAUCGAUUGUUAGCUUUUCAGGGCUCAAGAGUAUAAAUUCAGUGAGAUUGCCGUUCUCCGCUAGAACCAAAGUAGUGAAGCCUCUCUUGUCUCUCCUUCUGAGAACAGCCCCAAUUGCUUCGAUGUCGUAUGAGAAGGAGCUCACUGCUGCGAAGACAGCGGCCUCUGUUGCAGCGCGGCUGUGUCAGAAGGUGCAAGCAGCACUUCUACAGUCAGAUGUCCAGUCAAAAUCUGAUAAAAGUCCUGUAACAGUGGCAGAUUAUGGUUCACAGGCACUAGUUAGCUUUGUGCUGGAGAGGGAACUUCAGUCUGAAUCCUUUUCGUUGGUAGCUGAGGAGGAUUCUGGAGAUCUCCGCAAGGAAACUGGUCAGGAAAUGCUGGAACGUAUAACUAAACUUGUGAACAAGACUCUAUCUAGUGAUGAAACAUACAAUGUGUCUCCAUUGUCUGCAGAAGAUGUGGUUAAGGCCAUUGAUAGUGGCAAAUCUGAAGGGGGUCCUCUUGGCCGGCAUUGGGUUUUGGAUCCCAUAGAUGGUACUAAAGGGUUUCUAAGAGGAGAUCAAUACGCAAUAGCAUUAGCACUGCUAGAUGAAGGAAAAGUAGUUCUGGGUGUUUUGGCUUGUCCAAAUCUUCCUCUUGCAUCAAUUGGUAGUCAUGAUCAGCAUUCUUCUCAAAACCAAGUUGGUUGCCUUUUCUAUGCUAAAGUUGGUUGUGGGACCUAUAUGGAGUCCUUGGAUGGUUCUUCACCCAUAAAGGUGAAUGUCAGUGCCAUUGAUAAUCCAGCAGAAGCUUCAUUUUUUGAAUCAUUUGAAGCAGCGCAUUCCUUGCAUGAUUUAUCUGGUUCUAUAGCAAAGAAACUUGGUGUCCAAGCACCUCCUGUUAGAAUAGAUAGCCAGGCAAAGUAUGGGGCAUUAUCCAGGGGAGAUGGAGCAAUAUACUUACGUUUUCCACAUAAAGGAUAUCGUGAGAAGAUAUGGGACCAUGCAGCUGGGUCCAUUGUUGUUACAGAAGCUGGUGGGGUGGUAACAGAUGCUGCGGGAAAUCCUUUGAAUUUCUCUAAGGGUAAAUUCCUGGAUCUAGACACAGGCAUCAUAGUCACCAACCAAAAGUUGAUGCCUUUGCUCUUGAAGGCUGUUCGAGAUUCUCUGAAUGAAGCACAAUCAUCAGCUUCAUCCAUGUGAUUGUUUUAAUGGUAGUUAUUCUCUUUCAAUAGUUCUUCUGCUGAUUUAAAUGGCUUCAUCUGUGUAACUGGAUGAAAGCCGUUUGCACUUGGAUGAAGAUUAACUCUCCAUGUGCCCAAUGCAUGUGAGAAGCAGCUCUUGUUUUGCUGCUGUAAUACUUUGUUCUGUUGUGUAGCUACUGAAAUACAACAAGCUUCCAUUUUCUUUUUGAAUGACAUGCUUCUUUUUGCACUUGAAAGAAUAAAAAUGCUGAAUUGAUGUC